AGCAGUUAAAACAUCUGGCAGAGUGAAGAAGCUUUGGUGAUUUAAGUGAUUCUGUUGACUUUCAUCAGUGACCUAGGUCUUAAUUCAGGAAAGGAUAAUGGAAACCAGCACACCAACGACGAUUACAGAUUACUACACCUAUGUUGACUUUUAUAGUAAUGAAAUGGACAACAAAGUACCCCCGGCUGAAAAUAGACACAUUAAAAUUCCUAUAGUCCUCAUCAUUGUGAUAAGCCUCAGUCUCAUUGGUAACAUCCUGGUUGCUGGGUUCAGCAUUUUCUAUAUGAGAUUUCGAACACUGACCAGCAUCACCAUACUCAACUUGGCUCUCUCAGACUUGCUGCUCACUAGCCAACCUGUUAUUUGGGUCUGUAAAUACUUCUGGCCUUGGACUCUUACAGAUGCAGCGUGCAAGUUUUUCGAAUUUCUAUCCUCUAUUGGAUUUUACAGCAGCAUGGUGUUCCUGGUGUUGAUGAGUGUUCAGCGCUACAUGGCCGUGGUGCACCCUCACUCAGGCUGGAAAACAAAAGGUUGCAUUACAUGCAUUUUUAUAUGUGCAUGGGUGAUGACUGCCUUAGCAGCAUUGCCAGGCACAGUGCACACUGAAGCUUGGUCUUACGCAGGCUGUAUGUAUAACAGUGAAUCUGUAUUUAUUGCUGUUAAUUAUGAAAAGAUCAUUUUUUUUGUGUGCGCUUUUGUGUUCAUGGCUUUUUGCUACAUCAGGAUUCUGCUAACCAUGUUCAGGUCACCAACAAACCAGAGCCAGAGAAUUACUGGACUUGCUUUCAUACUGGUAGCUACCUACUUUCUUUUUUGGGCUCCUUAUAAAAUAUUUCUUUUUUUGUACAUCCUAACUUGGCAUGGCAUCAAUGUUAUUAGCAAGGAUGAUAAUUGUUUUUAUGCCUUCAACAUCUGCAAUCUUCUGUCUCUCACCCGAUGCUGCCUCAAUCCAGUGAUCUAUGGUUUAUUUGGUCUAAAAUUCCAUAAAAUUGUGAGAGACACAAUUUUACAAUUCAAUACCGGGUGAAUUCUAAAAUCCUCAUUAGAUUAGAAAUCUGUGUUUUUGCGUGCUUUUGCCCUAUAAUCACUAUAACCGGCGCUAUCCUCUUUUGAUUAACCAUUACUAAAAAAUACAGUUUGUGGUUGUUGUUUUCGCAUGUCAUGCUGUGUAAUUCAAUAAUGUCCUUCAUUAUAAUUGUACAUCUGAGCUGUUACACUGUUACUGCCAAACAGUUUAUACAAACAGUCUAUUCUUCUUACACUGCAUAUGUUUCUUUAUUGCUACAGAUACUGUAGGCUGUUUAUUCAAAUUCUAAUUCAAAUUUUAUUCAGGUUAUUUAGCAUUUUGUAAGUAAUAAUUUACUGCACAGCAUAUAGUAAGGUACUCUUAGUAAAAAAUAAAUAAAAAUAAAGAUAUUCUUUUAUUUUCUUUUGCAUAUUAUAUAAACUUGUAUACCACGAUUUGUC